AUGGAUUCAGGAAAAUCCUUAUUCGAUUCCAUCCCUGUAUCUAUUCGCACAGGCAAAUCCACUUCUCUUCACGUCUUCCCUCUGGAGAUUUGGGAUAUUGUCAUCGAGCAGCUAAAACAUGAAGAGUCUGCCCAGCACCUCAGCCGACUUGCGCAAACAUGUCAUAUGCUUUAUCAGAGAACUUUACCUCUUCUCUACCGUCUAGUACGCCUUGCCAACUCGGAAAGCGGGGCUCGUCUUGCUGUUGCGAUAGAACAACGCCCAGAGUUGGCAGAACUCAUCCAUGAAAUUCGACACAAGGCAGACAGUGGCUCGGAAUUCCUCUCUGGACGUCAUCUAAAAUUUUACAAUAUGGCCGCUGGGUUUGGACCUCCAGGACAGUCACAAUUCAGUCCUCCGGACACCGGAACGGUUCUUUUGGAGCCCGAUCGUGACGACGAAACCCUAUUCGGGAAUGUACUUCGUCAAAAUCCGCCUGGACUGCUCGCACUGCGUGUCUGUCACAUGGGGAGCGACCUGAGCCAUGAUCUACACGUUGACAACAUGGACUGUGUUUGCACACCGCGAUUCAACGAGGCCAUUUUCCGUCCUCCAGAUCUACGGGUGCUCUGUAUCACUGGAGCUAAAUACCACCUGAGUGACUUUGCCUAUUACCCUUGGCUACCCACCGACACGCCGCUUGAAGAGUUGACUCUUUUGAACUGCAUCAUAGAGGAUACAGAUCUGAUAGACUUGCUCGAAAUCCCGCGAGCCUUGAAGCGGUUUACUUUUAGGGGGAACAAAGUCCUGGAGCUGGAAGACGAAGAACCUAACUAUCUUCGAGCGCUGUUCAAGCAUCGGGAUUCACUGGAGUACAUAGAUUACGAUCUCUACUGCGGCGGUCUUGGUUUCGCACGCUUCUCUCACUUCACCAAACUCAAGCAUCUCACCGUCACGAUCACCUCACUGACAAGCUCAGAUUGCUUGGAGUUGGACCCCGCCUUUGAUGUCCUUCUGCCACCGAGUCUUGAGAGUCUCACAAUACGUUAUGACCAGGUGAAAUACUGGGUGCCUUCAUAUAUCUACGGAUGUGUGCAGAACGGCCGGCUCCCGAACCUGCGUGUCUUCACCUGCGAGGUAGCGAAUGUUAUUGAUCGGCUAGUUCGGCGCAGCCCGCCUGCCACGCAAGUCUGCCAGGAGAUCAACACCUGGCAAAGCCGGUUCAAGGAGUUCAAUGUAGAGCUGCGCACGGAAAUUGUGUGUAUUUCGUGGUGGGUGACCAAGCUACCCAAAUACGAGGUGUGUGCCUGCGAACGGCUGCCUUUCUUUCACGGCAUGUUCCGCCAUCCCGAAAUCGGAUUCAAAGCGAUUAGGGAACCGAGUGAAGAACCAGUUGACGACAGGGCCUUUGAUGUCUGGGCUGACCCCGACGAUUAUGAUGACGUGGGCGACUACAUUACAUAUUUUGCCUAG